AAAUUGACUGCCGAUUGUGGGAAAAAAGCCGGCGCCAUGGCUCCUACGCGCAACUAUUCUGGUGUGUCGCUGUCUCCUCCGCCUUUGCAUCACUUGCGGCAUGUCCCUUCUCAUUUGGCGCUCUCUGGGCUGAGUCCAAGAAGUGUUGUAUUGACCCCGAAGAGUCCAGCAACUCCAACCACCCCCUCAACGUCAUCAAGCCUUGGUGGGACUGGGAUUCAUGGCUUUCAGCACGUCCCAACACGAUACUCCUUCGGUCAAUCGCUGGCAGUGCCUGUUGCGUGGUCAUCGCCUCGCACACCUCGCCAAUCAGCGCCAGCAAGGCAGUCCUUCACAGUUCCGGUGAAGGUUCGCGCUGCGGUCCGCAAUUUGUCAACUGCAAGCACGAGCAGCACAGUCAGUGCUCCAAACAGCUCGCAGGAACGCGCUCCCAGCAGGAAGCCUCACAACAAGGAUAAGGACAAGGACCAUAAGGAGAAAUUCGAGCGGGAAAUGGAAUGCCUCGAUGAAGGGCUGCGAGCACUUUGCAGCGAAAUGGACUCUGACAAGGAUGGUUUUAUCUCCCGCUGGGACUUUUUUGCAGCAGUGCAAAAAAACGAGGAGGUUGCAAAGACCAUCUUGCCAAAAAGAGAUGCGAGCCUUACAAUGAAAUGCCCAGACACGUUCGAUGAAGUGGAGCGCAUUUUCGAGCACAUGGCGGGCAGCAAGGGCAGGAUUUCAUAUACGGAUUUUGCAAUCUAUUGGCAGUCCGCCAAAGCGCCAAAGGAGAAGCUGGCCAGUGAUUUACACGACAUCUUCAAGAUCAUUGAUGUAGGUGGUAACGGCGAGAUCUCACGCUUGGCUUUACUUAGCGCUGUUGAAACCUCGCCUUUGGUGGCAGUGCGACUGCUUCCAGGUGUCGACACUCAAGACCCGGAGCAGGCUUUCACGGCCACGCAGGACCUAUUUGACAAGAUUUCUCAUGGGAAGCGCCGAGUAACAUUGCUGGACUUUGAGGAACAUUUCAAAAAACGGCGGCCGUCGCUGACCAUGAGCCGCAGCAAAGCUGCAGUGCAGCCAGGCAACGGCUUGCUAUGGCGUUCACAUUUGUACUGAGAAACAGGAUAAGCCGGCGAGAAGCUUCUGCUCAUUUUUGCGCACGCUUUGGUGGCGUACUUUCUCGCGAAUUGACCUGAAAGGGUGCACCGCGGAUUCAAUUUGCAGCCAGGCACAGGUUCCUGGUCCAAUGCUAGGUGGCACUGGUCUGUAUGCCAAG